CAAUAAAUUUAGAAUCCAAGAAGAGCAGCUAGCAGCAAGAUCGAAAUGGAGAUCAGCAAGUUAAUUUUGGUUUCACUUACAUUGAUUUGGUGUAUAGGGGGGAUUGUUGAGGGUUUCACAUAUGAUGACAAAGAGGUUGAGACAGAGGAGGGAAAGUCGGCUAUGUUUGAAAGGUGGAGGAGCCACCACAAUAUGCAGGGUAUGCGCGACAAAGACAAAAAGAAGCAGUACGAAGCGUUCAAGGCUAACCUGGACAUUGUUCACUCGACAAAUAAGGCAAAGAAGCCAUAUAAGUUACAGAUGAACAAGUUUGCAGGGAUGACUAAGGCCGAGUUUCAGAGCAAGUAUACUGGAUUGAAGGCUUCUCCAAAGAUCCGGCCAGGAAUGAAGUCUGUCGUCAGCGAGGCGGAGUGGCCGCAUCCUUUCAAGUAUCGUAAUUUCACUGAUGUCCCACCGGCUAUUGACUGGAGAGCCCAAGGUGUCGUCACCCCUGUCGUGAAUCAAGGAGGAUGUGGAAGUUGCUAUGCGUUUGCAACAGCAGAUACAAUUGCAUCGUUACACGCGAUCAGAACAAAGCAACUAAUAGAAUUAUCACCUAAAGAAAUUCUCGACUGUUGUAAUUGUGGCGGAUGUGAGGGAGGGAAAAUGCACGAUGCCUUCUUGUACGUUGCAAACAAUAAAGGUCUAACAACAGCCAAGAACUAUCCUUACAAGCCUGUGGCUGAGACUUGCAACGUUAAAAAGGAGCAGGAUGUUGCGGUAGAAAUUCAUGGAUAUGAGCGGGUGCCAUUUAAUUCUGAGCCGGCUCUUAUGGCAUCAGUUGCGAACCAGCCUGUACAAGCUUCAAUUGAAUGUGAAGAACCUUUUAUGUUGUAUAAAGAGGGAGUUAUGACCGCACCCACUGGAACGAAAACUGGGCAUGCAGUUGUACUUGUUGGAUACGAUACGGAUCCUGAUGGAACCAAAUACUGGAUAGCGAAGAACUCUUGGGGAACAGAUUGGGGAGAGCAAGGAUACGUCAGACUCCUUCGUGGAGUUCCUGAGAAAGAGGGGUACAGUGGGGUAAAUACGAAACCUCGCUUUCCUACCAGGGAAGAAGCUGGUCAAGAUGAUACAGGACGCGGCGACCCUGUGGUUCAUAUGAGUAGAGACCUCUAGAGGAACCACAACAUACUCUACUUAUUAAUCUCCCUUCUGGCAGGAUGCGAGGUUUAUGCGCCUGGAUUUGUUUCUCAAGAACUCAACUGACAGUCUGACAUGUUUCAGCUGUCUUAACAGUUUAUUUUUAUUUUUCUACGAAUUUGUUUUUUGUCCUAGUUUUUUUUUCUUUGUAAUGAAAACUAAAAAAUC